AUGCUGAAGCCUGGAGAUAUGGUGCGUCUCAGGGACAUCUCUACAGGCACAUGGAGACAAGAGGGACAGGUGGAGGAGGAAGUUGCUCCACGCUCCUUCAGGAUCCAAAUGGAGAAUGGAACGUCUCUGAGGAGGAAUCGCACGGAUCUUCAACUACAGCCGACUGGAAAAGACACUACAGCUCAGGAGAUGGUUCAGCAGGACACGGCUGAAUCUAAAGAGUUAACUAACAGUGGUCUGACAGCAGCGUCUGCAUCACCGGCUGCUGCAACACCUUCCAAACUGUCGACAUUGCCAAGUGUCGAAAAACUAACUAGACCUAAGAGGCAUGUUCAGCCACCUAAGAG